GUAAACAUUAAUCACGUUACAACCCGGAAGAAUUGCCUUUCUCUGAUUAACGUUUGAAUAGACAAAAAUGGGCAAUUUAUCUUUAAAAUAAACGAAUAACCACGAUGCUGCCUACCUCGUAGAGGCUCAUUAGUUAUAUUGCUAUCCAAGUAUUUGGGGUAAAAGGCGAAGGCAAUCGACUCGAAUCGUUAGCUAAUCGCAUUUUACACGAAGGAAACAUGGCUGAGCUACAUGUAGUGGAGCCGAGUGCCACGGGUACCAUAGAGCAGAACGAGCACCGGGACGUCAGGGGCUCUAUGCGCUUGGCUUCGCCCACACUGAUGGUUCCCCAGCGGACGAGCCAGCUCAGCCCCGGUGUGUCCAGCAGCAGCAGCGGCCGCUCCGUGUUCGGAUUCCCGGUAAAAAGCAACCCCAGCUCACCGUCUGAACCCGCGGAAAAGCCAGGAUUCCGCUGGGUUCGCCUCAAUGUUGGUGGUACAUACUUUAUUACGACCAAGCAAACGCUGUGCCGAGACCCCAAGUCAUUUCUUUAUCGACUUUGUCAAGAUGAUCCUGAUCUAGACUCUGACAAAGAUGAGACAGGGGCUUACCUGAUUGACAGAGAUCCCACAUAUUUUGGACCCAUACUAAAUUAUCUUCGACAUGGGAAGUUGAUUAUGGACAAAAAUUUGGCAGAAGAAGGUGUUCUAGAGGAAGCAGAGUUUUAUAACAUAGCCUCUCUGGUAAGGAUGGUUAAGGAAAGAAUACGUGACAACGAGAAUCGGACAUCUCAGGGCCCUGUGAAGCAUGUUUAUCGAGUGCUGCAGUGCCAAGAAGAGGAACUCACACAGAUGGUCUCCACCAUGUCGGACGGCUGGAAGUUUGAGCAGCUUAUAAGUAUUGGCUCCUCAUAUAACUAUGGCAACGAGGACCAGGCGGAGUUUUUAUGUGUAGUUUCCAGGGAACUCAACAACUCCACCAAUGGCAUUGUCAUUGAGCCCACUGAGAAGGCUAAGAUCCUUCAAGAACGUGGCUCGCGGAUGUAAAGAGACCAGACCCUGAGCUAAAUAACACUUUAUCAACACAACAACAUCAUGGACAUCUUCUCAAUGAGUUUACUUACCCCCUUCGAUUGCCACCCACAUUGUCCACACCACCCCUACCCUUCUCUGGUGUGCCUUUCCACAGCGGGAUGCAACACAAACCAUUACCUGUGUAUGGUUAGCUGUGAGGACCACUCUGGAGGGACUUUCAAGGAGACGGAGCAGUUUUUCUUGUUGCAGCUUUUACGGUCAGUGUCUUUGGCAAAUCCAGGCUACGGUGCUAGAUGUAGCCCCUUUGUUUGUGUCGGUGGAAGCACACACACAGAGCUACUAUUAUCAUUAUUCGUAUCAUUAUUAUUAUCACUGCACUUUGAACUGAACGGAUGCCUCUCUCAUAUGUUUGGCAAUGAUAACUUAGCAGACUUCUCCUCAGGAUUUAAAAUGGACAUUAAGGAAUGAAGACAACUCCACUGACUGAGCCGUUUUGUGUUUUGAAUAAAAUUAUGGGAUGAGCAGUAGAUGAUAAAAUUUCACUGUUUAGCACGGUAUGUUCUCACAAGAUGUCCCUGGCUUAGUUCAAUUCCUGUUAAAGAUAAUUCGGUUGGGAGCUCUUUUUAUUGAGACAUGCAAGAAAUAAUUGUUUUCAACUCCCACAGUUGUAAUGUUUUAACACAAAUGAAAACAACUGACACAAAAAGACAAAAAACCUGUGUACAAUUUGUCAAGGCAUGCGAGGAAUCUAUAUAAAUCUAUAUAGUCGACACACAAUGGAAUUAUAUGAAAACAUGAAUGCAAAGGUGUUUGUUGAUUUCUGUAUCAUAGUCAUAUUAUUGCAUAUAAUGGUGAGAAAGUUUAUUUAUGACUGAACUAUCAGUUUCCUAAUCGUUUCCCAUGUGGUGAUGAGAUUUUGUAUGCAGUACCUCUCUGCUUUUCAAAAUGUCAACAUCUGCACGUUUCUAUAGCAACACCCCAAAAAUCAUUGAAAGUGCAUGUGACAGGUUUCUAAGUUUUUCUAAUUAUUACCUCAUUUGAAUUUUGAAAUAUGUACUCUUUAUCACCCAUCUGCAACUACUGUAGAUGAAGGAUUUUAUCUAUUCAUUCCUUCAGUCAGUCAGUCAGUCUAGUGGCAUUUUGUGAAGAAAAGCUGAAAACAAUUGAAAAUUACAGGAAGUCGAGUUCUAAAAAGGAACGCUUCUGUCUAUGUCAUCAAUGCUGAAACGUGUGUCCAAAAUACAGAGAAAAUGUGCACAGAAGAUUAAAUUACAAUAAUGUAUGAAAUUGAUUACAAGAAGUUGUGAUACGAUUAUUUAUGAAAAAAUUUCUAUUGUAUAAAUCUGACAAACUUUGGUCCUUGUUUGCGGUAUGGUUACUCAAUAAUAGAAUAAUAGGAAUAAGAAUAUCUUUAUUUAUGUCAUAUCUGUUGCCUAUAAUGGUCAAAGUAAGGAAUACUAGAUAACUGAGAAAGUGGUCUAACCUGUCAUAUGCAUUUUAAUACCAUAUCCCUAACUGACAUUUUUCAUAACUUAAAAUUGUAAAUCGAAAUGUCACGGUUCACUGUUGGUCCAGGGAUGUUGUCUGACUGUGCAGUUCGUUUGCAGCCUCAAAACCUGAAAAGCACUUGUUCUCCCUGGCCUUGUGCUAAUCUAACAUCCUCGUUUUUACAUUAUGUUCGUUUUGCAGCACUUGUAGCAACAUAACUAUGAUCUAAACUGUGCUCCUCAUGCAUAAGCUCUAAUAUAUCUAAAAAUAAGUCACUAAAGUUACGUUUUGCAAGGCUAAAGCUCACAUAAACUCUUGUUUCUUUCUUUUUCUGCCAUCAGACAUUACCUGUUGUGAAAGACGUUACUUUGCUUUUUAUUGCACAUUACAUUACAUUUACAGCAACAUUAAUACACAUGUUUUCCAUCAUUAUAAUCUAUACAUGCAAAAACCUAAACCAAUCAGCAGCAAUAGACAUUUUUACCAUCUUUUGUGUAUCAUUGCUUAUAAUGUUGUUCUAAAUGUAAUAACUUUUGAGUCAAGCUAUACUCAUACAUAUCAUUGUGUACACUUGACUGCGGCAGUGAAAAUCUGUGCUCCUGAAAUCAAGAGAGGAGCGUGUAAUCUUUAUGUGAUAUCAUAUAUACAUACACUAGCAUUGAACACUUGGGUAAAUCAUUCUUUGUAUUAAAAAGUCACAUUAUUUAAGCAUGAACAAAAAUACUACUAACCCUUAGCUUUGCUGUUGUCAUGCUCCCAGUUUCAGUCCCAUGUUUAGUUUUCUGAUGUUUUUGCCUUUGACUGUAGUGUUUAUUUCCCUGAUCAUUAUUUUCCCCUUUUUCCUGCAUCUCUGUCCAGUGUUGUGCCUUUUGAGCGGUGUUGUGCACAGUUUGUCCCCACUUAUGAUUUGGUGUCUCCUUACACAAAGGCCCAUCAAAAGGUGUAUACAGUCACCAAUAUCAUGUCUAACUACAUCAGGCCAUAUCACCUGUAGAUCUUUUCAUUUUCUUUUUAAUAAUACACUAAACAAAAAUCUUCCAUGUGCCAAUACGUUUUUGACUGAACUCAACACUUAAAUUCUUGGAAAUUUCAAUGAUCUUAGUAAUAAUCCAACUGUUUUGAUUGCUUUGGUAUAUUUUCUUGAGUUGCAUGUUUGUCAUUGCUAUUUUAAUGUUGACUUUCAAAGCACUUAUUGUGAAUCCCAUAUUUGAUCGUCUAAACUUUGUAGUGAUGACAAAACCCAACCUUGUGUGUGAACUUUUUAGUCGACAAAAAUGUGCAAUGUUAUUAACCAACCUGCAAAAAAUAUCUCGUUUUGGCACGUGAAAAACAUGAGAGCAUGCAUUGUUCAACCAAUUAUGGAGUUUUGUACUGGAAUCUGUCCGACUUCGGUGUUAGUAAAGCCAAGUUAAUGUGAUGCAUGGUGGGAAAGGGGAGGCAUGGCUCUGCGGUAGGUGUAGAUUUUAAUGUGAUGGUCUACAACUAUUCCUCAAUCACAAGGUCUGUGUUGUUUUGUAGCUUGAAAAUGGCUAAGUAUACCAUUUCAGAUCCCCUUAAGUUGUUUAUUUUUAAGCGUUAACCCACUAAAAGAUUUUGGAUCCAUGGAUCAUUUUGCCAGUUAAUCUAUACACACCUGCAUGCGUUUGUGGACAUGCACACUUCUAGUACACUCAUUUAGAUGUAUUGAAAAGAAAUGUCAUCAUUAUUAACAGUUGCUUUGUCUUCAUUUAUCAACAGUAUUGAUGUCAAAUGUGAAUAUUGUUAAUGGAGAUUGUGGAGAAAUGUUCGGAAGCUGACCAGAAAAAAACAACAAAACAUUUCGUCUAAUUGUUCGUUCAUUUUUAUUUAUUUUAUAUUGUUUGAAUUUGUCUAUCAAACAUUGUUUCUUUACAUGUAACAGUUUUAACAGAACUCAUGUCUGGUUUUUAAUCAUAAAGUGUGUCUGUGUUUAAA